AUGCAGAUAUCAAAAAGUAAUUCCUCUAUGCAUUUAUUUGUUGAUGGUACUUUUUUUUAAAUAAUUAUUUUUAAGGCUUGAUAAAUCCAAAAGAAACAGUUUCAGAUUAAGAUGAUGCAUAAAAAUUCUACAAAUAAAGUAUCAGUUUUAGUUUAAUCACAAGGCUAAAUACUUCUUUAAUUGUAAAGAUUAGAUGAAGCCAUGUAAUAUAUUGACUAAGCUAUCUAUCUUAAGCCUUAAUAUGUAGAAGCAUAUUAUUUAAAAGGUUGUUUCUCUUAAGAUUUUAUAGGAGAUAUCUAUAGAAAGCAGAAAAAUCUAAAGGAAGCUUUAAAAAACUACGAAGAAUGUGUAAAAUUAAAAACCUAGUACUAUUUUGUUUACUACAAUAUAGGUAUCAUAAUUUAAUAGAUUUUAAGGUUUAAUAUUAAAUGAGAUGAAUAGAAAAGAGGAAGCUAUCAAGAAUUUUGAUAUUUCUUUAUCAUACUAAAUUAAAUAUGAAACUUUAAUUAACAAAGGGAUUCUGUGUCUAGAUCUUUUUAGAUAUGAGGAAUGCCUAUUAAUAUAUGAUUUAGCAAUUGCUUAAUAACCUAAUUGCCACAUAGCAUACUAUAGUAAAGGUAGUUUUUUUAUAGUAAAAUAGGAUUCACCUUAUAUAAAUUAAAAAAAUAUGAAGAGUCUAUUGAAAGUUACAAUAAAGCCCUUAUGCUAAACCCUUAACUCAUUAAUGGAUUCAAUAAUAAAGGUAAUAUAAAUUAGUAAUAUUUUAAAGCUGUUUCUUUAAGUAAAAUUAACAAAAUAAAUGAAGCUAUAGAAUAUUUAAAUUAUGGAUUAAAAAUAUCAAAAAAUGACCCUGUGAUUAUUUUUAAUUUAAUAAAAUUAUAUAGAUUGACAAAUAACCUUUAGAAAUCAAAUUAAUUAAAAGAAAUUAUUAAGAAUGUUUAACCUUAAUGGUAAGCACUAUAAAAACUUGAGGAAAUAGAAAAAUUUUUAGAAGAAGCAAAAACAGAACUGUUAUUGAUUUUAGACUCAAACUAAGACUCAUUUGAUUAAAAAUUUUCUUAGUUUUAUUAACGUUUAGAUUAGGAAUAUAGAAAUCUUUGGAAUUAUGAUUUAGAAUUUGAGAAUACAAAUUCAACAUUUACUUAGAAGGACGAAGAGAAAAUUUAAGAGAUUGUGAGGGAAUCUUUAAAUACUGAAGAAUCCUAAUUAAAACAUUAACUUUUAUAACUAGAAGAUCGAGUUUACUUUUAAUCAAUGUAUUGGAGAUUAAGUAAUUAUAUAAAGGUUGCAAAGAAAAUUUACUAAUUUAAUGAAGGUAAAAAUAUAUAACAGUGUAUAAAUGAAGUGAAUUAAUCCUUAGAACCUUUACUUCCAGAAUAAGAUAAAAUUUUAUUUGAAACAAAACAAUAAAAAAAUUAGGCAUUUUAGACAUAAAGUACUUUCUCAUCAUUUAAUGCAAAAAAUAAUGCAUAAGAUGUUCAUUUAAGAUAGAUAAGGAAUAAAUUAAGAAAAGCAAGUUAGAAAACAUAAGUUGUUAAAUCUUUUUCUAAGUCUUAAUCAGGAGAAACUAAAAAAUCCACUCUAUUUUCUUAGAAUAAAAGCAUAUCUGAGUUUAAUAGUGAUGUGACUCAAAGUUCAAAAGAAAGUUAUCUUUAAUAUUGUCCUCUACCAAUAACAGAAUAAAUUAUAAAUGAAAUAAAUUUAAGCUUAGGAAUCAAUUCAUUUUAAGAUUAAAAAAUUGGAUAGAUAUUAAAAGUAUUUUCAAAUAAAACAAAAAAUAAUUAAUAACUAAAUGCUGAAAUCUAGAAAGCAGCUAUAUCAAUGUCUGCCUCUAUUUAAAAUAUUAAAUGCUUCAAUUAAAAUGUUGAAAAAAUUCUUUAAUUAGAAUAAUUGUCAAAUCCAAAACUAUUAUAUAUAAAAGGUUUAAAAUGGAUAAGAGGAAUAGAUGACACUAUAUAAAUAUUGAAUUAUUUUUAAGAAUAAUACAAAUUACUUGUUGAACCUUAAUCAGCAUAAUUACAUUUUUAAAUUAUGGCUAGUUCCACAUAUUUCGCUAAAUCUAAAAAUGCAGCAUAAAAUAAAAAAAAUAAAUUAGUUGAAAGAACUUAAGAAAGUUGUGCAUGCUAAAUUUUUUGA